UUGCAUCCUGAAGGCCAGUUAGACCUGUUCUCUGCUUUUGUGCUGGAGGUCUUUGUCUGUUUAGUAAAACAAAUAGAUUUUUGAUUGAGUAUCUGCGACUGCUCUUCUCUUCUCUUUACUUGGAACUUUCUAUUACAUCACCCCUCCCUCCUUUCAGGCGAGCCUGGAUCUCAGUGAGAGAGGAAGGCCAUUCUGUCUGUAUCCCCAGGCUGAGCGCUCAAACGCAGAGGGACGAUGAGGCUAAGCUGGGUUCGAUGGCUGGCUUCUUUGCUGGCCUUGGGCACUGGAAUACUCUACAUCACAUCCAUUAAGCGGGAGGUUCAUUCUCAUGGGGAAAGACUGCAGAGGGCCCAACAGAAUGACUCGGUCAGGGGUCAGGACAUGCUCAAGAGGCUGGAGAAGAUGGAGGCUCACAUCGAGAAGCUGGAUCCAACAAUUUCUGUGUGCCAAAACAGCUACUUCAAGGUAAUCCUUCAAGUGAAGUCAGUCAACAACGGGAUCAGUCUGAAAGAGGGGCAGGCUGUGAAGGAUACCGAGGUCAAGAAGGAGAGGAAGGUGGUGAAGAAGUUGUACCCCAACUCAGCUCUGUUUACAACCUGGGGUGAUGAGCUCUCAGAGGAGGAGCAGAAAGAGGCAGAAGGGUUGUUUCAGAUGUAUGGAUACAACGCCUUCCUGAGUGACAGACUACCCCUGAACAGGGAAAUCCCUGAUACUCGCGAUCCUAAGUGUGCUAAUCACCAGUACCCCCAUGACCUGCCCACCAUCAGCGUGGUGUUGAUCUACUUGGACGAGGCCCUGUCAAUCAUCAAGAGAGCUGUCCGCAGCAUCAUAGACAAGACCCCCCAACACCUACUCAAAGACAUCAUACUGGUGGAUGACCACAGCUCUAAUGAGGACCUAAAGGAGAAGUUGGAUGCCUACAUCAGCUUCAUCGAUGAAGAGCGUCCGGGCCUGUUGAAGAGAGUGAGACACUCAGAGCAGCUCGGUCUCACACAAGCCCGCCUCUCAGGGUGGAGGGAAGCUGAAGGAGAUGUGGUGGCCAUCUUGGAUGCCCACAUUGAAGUCCACGUGGAAUGGGCGGAGCCUCUGUUAGCUCGGAUAAAGGAGGACCGCACGUUGGUGUUGACACCGGUGUUUGACAAAGUCCAUUUCGAUGACUUGACAGUCACACGUUAUUGGCCAAGUGCAAGUGCCUUUGACUGGGCCCUGUGGUGUAUGUACGAGUCCUUCAGACCUGAGUGGUAUGCCUUAAAAGACGAGACACAGCCAGGAAAGAGCCCCUCCAUUAUGGGCAUACUAGUGGUUGAUCGCCUGUUCUUUGGGGAAAUUGGUGCUCUGGAUGGUGGUAUGAAAAUCUAUGGAGGUGAAAAUGUUGAACUGGGCAUCCGGGUUUGGCUGUGUGGUGGAAGUGUCGAGGUCAUACCUUGUUCUAAAAUAGCCCACAUCGAAAGGGCCCAUAAACCCUAUCUCCCAGACCUGAGCAUUACAAUGAAGAGGAAUGCUCUGAGAGUGGCUGAGGUCUGGAUGGAUGAAUACAAACAUAAUGUCAACAUCGCCUGGAACCUCCCACUGAAGGAUCAUGGCAUAGACAUUGGGGAUGUUUCAGAGAGGAAGAAGUUGAGAAAGAGUCUGAACUGCAAACCCUUCCAGUGGUAUCUGGACAAUGUGUAUCCAAUGUUAGACCCCCUGGGUGACUUGCUUGGUUAUGGAGCUCUGGUCAAUGACCUGAAGACGGAUCUCUGUAUAGAUCAAGGCCCAGUUCCGGGGAACACACCUAUUUUAUAUGGAUGUCAUUAUUUUGGUCCACAGAACUGUUAUUAUCGAGCCAGCGGGGAGAUCUACAUUGGAGGCAUCAAGUCUCACAAGUACAACAGUAAUCGCUGUCUGAUGGACAUUGGCACUCAAACCCCAGGACUGUAUGAUUGCAAGGAGGCCAAGCAAAAGGGAUUCCACAUGCUCUGGGAAUUUCAACAGGGAAAAGCCAUCCAGAACAGACAGACAAAGAGAUGUCUGGAGAUUGCCCCAGGGGAGGACACUUUCUACCAGCUCAUCAUUCAGGAGUGCAGUGGGCAGCACUGGAAAAUACGGAAUGUGAUAAAAGACUUCUGAUACACUGAGAUAGUUAGGCCUACUGUACCAGAGACAAUACAGCAGGACUAUAGGAGUUGUGCCGCGAUCAUAAACAAGUGGGAAAGUGGGACUUACCACAAACGAUUCGUAAAAUCCACUUGAACACCCCUCCAACUGUAAUUCCCCGUGGGAAACUCGUCUAUCAUCCCUGAGAUUCAACAUCUCCCAGAUGCUGACCUCUGACGUCACCUACUAAGGAAAUUACCUUUUUAACGGCAUUAUCAGCAGUUAAAUGCAACAACAAAACAUUAUUUACACUAAGUUUUUGAACACUAUCAUUUUUGUACAAACAUGAUAGCUGUAUUUGCAGUUUAUGGUUGACGCAGCCUGUUGGCCAUUAGCCAACCUGAGUUCUCAACGAGUUGAAAGCACGUGAAUGCACUCAACUGAUAUUUACGACUUCACAACUGGUAAUUACCACCUUCCCACUUUUUUAUGAACAUAGCAUUAUCAUUACGCUUUGAAAAGCCAAUCAGUGGUCAGCAGUGAGAUGAGUGUGUGAUCUUAGUGAGCUGUUGGUUGGACAUAGCUUCAUGGGGAGAGAUUUACAGUUUCUUCACAGAAUGUGGAAUGCUGUUGAGCUGUGCUGUCCUUGGUCCUGAAUGUAAUUGCAAAGAAAUAAUAAAUAUGAUUCCUGUA